UCAAUCUCUUUCUCUCUCUCCUCUUCUCUCUAGAAGCAUACGUGCAUGUCUCGCUCCUCUAGUCCCAAGGCCAAAACAAAAAAGUAUAUUCAUUGAGGUUGAGGUUGAGGUUCAGUUCCAUCCUAUUCACUCUCUCCCUCUCUCUCCAGAAACUUGACACCAAAGGCCAUGAAUUGAUAUAGAGAGAGAAAGAGAGAGAUGACAAAAAUGGAUCGAGGGGGCCAAUCAGCAGCAUCCUCAUCGCCGCCGCCGCCGCCGGACUCGCCGUCGUCGAGAGGCCUGGCCAGCGUGCUGUCGAUCGAGUGCCUGAAGGGUAGCUCGAAGGGGGACGAGUGGACCGGCGACAUGCUCCAGACCGGCGACAUCGUGGAGGAGCUCCGGAUCGGGUCCUCGGUGCUGAUCCGGUCGCCGUUCAAGAACGGGAGGAGCGGCGUCCAGAAGGUGCUCCACGCCUCCUUCAAGAGCAAGGACACCUUCAUCCUCGUCCGGGUCAGGCGCGGCCUGGACGAGUUCGCCGAGCUUCAGGCCUGCAUCGUACCCAACGAGCCCGCCGGCAAGAAGCAGUACAUGCUGCGGUCGAUCGAGGACCCCAACUACGCCGUCGGGUUCUGCGACCGCAGCGAGGCCGAGUGCCUCCACUUGCAAGCUUCAAGGAGUACAAGGAUUGUAAAUGCACUGUCCAGGAUCCAGCUUCAAGAUGGAUACGUUUCCUACCGAUGGGACCGCAAAAUGCAUGAGUUGCUUUUGGUUCCCAAUUCAAGCUGCUUUCUCUCCAUACUUUUCCUUCCAAAAGCCUCUGAUCAGGUUGCAUCUCGUUAUAAUGACCUAGAAGACACACUUGCUAGAGCAAAUGCUUGGCUCAAUGCGUCCCAGCAGUCUGGGGUACCGAUUGUCUUCAUGAACAUACAGACCGAAUCCCUGCUUACCAAGAUAUCAGGAGAGACGGCUUCUUCCACUGUAAACGCUAGCUCAUUAUCUGACUUGUCCAAUCUCGCCAAUGCUAGUCUAUACGGGUUCGAGGACUAUCAUGGGGUAGACAUUGGUGUCGUGAGGGCAGUUCGUCUCUGGUUUGCUGCUCUAGGAGGAGAGUUUCCUAUAGAGAUUAAACUACAGGAAGGUGACACAAAGCUUGGCUUCGCCAUAAGCCGAACAGAGGAAGGGUUUAUUUAUAUAUCAACAGUCAUAGAUGGUGAUGAAAAUGUACCCUCAACCCGGUCAGGGCUUAGCAAUCUGUAUCGCGAGGCGACUAGCUCAUCUAGGCUUCUUGUCGUCUCAAGAGUAUCGAACCAGAAAGUCCUCCCUUGGAUUGUCUCAUCGACUGGAGCAGUCCGAUGCUAUGACACGGUCUCUCUGAGCCAGAAGCUCUCCUUGCACCGCCAUGCCAAGGUGCCCAUCCUCAUGCACAUCUUCCUAUGGGACCGCUCGCUCGUCCCCAUGAGCAGAGGCAGCUCGAGGUUAAGGAUGGCCCACUCACGGCCGCCUGCCAUGGCCUUGGGACCACCCGAAGCACACUUGUCGCAGCAACCCAAUGAGAACCAAGUGCAGCCUCUGCCUUUCGAUUUAUCAGACGACGACAUUGUGAUCAACGAUAACCCGCAGUACAGGCUCGAGCGCGACACGGCUGGCGAGGCGUCCUUUAGGUUCCAUGAUUUUGCUCUUCCAAAUAAUUGGGUCUGAAAAAACCGGCUCCAUACUCGAUUCCUAGUUUAUCACAAUGUGCACAUAGGUAGAGAGGAAAAAUCCCCAUGAGGAUAUAUGUAUUCUGACUAUGUUUAUUUUUCAAUACUUGAAGAGGAGGGGAAAAACUUUUACUGUCCCAAGCAUAUGAGCCAUCACUGGUGACAUUUAUAGCUGGAAAACAGUUGUACAUAGCUGCUAAGCCUGGAAGGCAAAAUUUGGUUUGUGUGGAAUUCCAUCUAUUUUGCAGAUUGUUCAA